AUGGGUUACUUUAUCCGUCAAGCCAGUGCCGGGAUCGGCCUCGUCUCGGAAACUGUUAAAGCCCAAAAAGCGAAGCAUCAUGAAAAGAAGCAGAAAGAGAAACAGCAACAUGCGGAAGGGGAAUCUUUGUCCCCUGUUGAAGAGACUGAAAGUUUGGCACCUUUGUACCAUACGGAGGAUGGGGGACAUACUCGUCCUUCGAUGCAAAAUGGUCGUCCGUCCUUGCAAAACGGCCGUCCUUCUAUGCAGAACAGUCCUCCUCCUCCCAUGGAGAAUAACUAUCCACCAUCCCAUAACACAUAUCCUCCUGCACAGAAUGACCGACCUCCCAUGCAAAACAACUAUCCGUCUCCCAUGAAUAACGGCUAUCCUCCGCCUAUGGGGAACAACUAUCCCCCAGCACAAAACGGUCAUCCUCCUAUGCAUAACAACUACCCUCCUCCCAUGGAGAACAACUACUCUCCAAACUACAAUACUUACCCUCCUGCUCAGAAUGGUCUACAUCCCAUGUACAACGGUCAACCUCCCAUGGAGAACAAUUACCCUCCAAUGCAAAAUGGCCAACCCCCCCUCCAAAACAACUACCCUCCCAUGGAGAACAGCCAUCCGCCGACCUACACUGCCUACCACCCUUGGGAACAUGGUCAACCACCCACGCAGAACACCUAUCCUACAGAGAGCAGCUACCCUCCAACACACAACGAGUACCCUUCCCCCCAAACAUCUAGAGAAGUGAGCGACUCGCCCAAUUCCACCGAGACACCUCUCACUCCCAAAGACGAAAAGUCCACAACCAAAGUCCACGAAUACGAUCAAGACUCCGUAUACUCACGAGAAUACGACGAAGUCGACAAAGACAUCGAGCGCCAAUGGGAAUUGGAUGAAGCACAAGACCACCUCCGUGGGGUAACUUACCCAACCACACCCCCACCCGAUCAAGACGACGCCGACUAUAGCAUGAAGCUAGCGGAAUCCUUUGUCCGGGAGUAUCCAGUCCCUCUCAACUGGAGCUACUACGACACAAGUGUCGAGUUCGGCCCUCCGAAGCUUGAUUAUCCAGUUGUUCUGCCUCAGCGUCGGCCGAAGGACCGGCAGCGAGGAUUUGUGCGUGCCUAUGCACCCGAACUUGAGAAGUUCGGUAUCGAUCAGAAGAUGUUUCUUGAUUAUGUCGACAAGGCUAAUAAAUCCUGUGUCGGGUCGCAGUGGUUUCAGGUUAUAAACCUGGCUAACAAUGUGGGAGGAUACUUUGUUAGUCCUACGGUUGGGUUUGUCAUGGGUAUUGUGGCUGAUGCGGUUGUGAGGAUUGGUAUGGCUGUUGAUGGGAGACGGAGAUCCGGAAACUUCUUCGACAAAGUCAACAAGGACUUCUUCAUGCCGCGCGGCCUCUUCUGCCUGCUCAUGACCUACGCCCCAGAAUCAAAAGAAGCCAUCCUCGACCUCGACAUGAACAACACCAUCACCUCCGCCCGAACCCCAGAGAAAGGAUUCCACCGAAUCAAACAAAAAUACCAAACAGCCAACGCAACAGCAAACUCUACCUUCGACCAAUUCUCCCCUCUUAUCUUCCCCGACUUGCACAAUCCGGAUGUCGACGAGGCAACGAAGAAAAAGUACGAAGUCUUGCUGGGGAAAGUGCAUCGCGCGAUGGAAGGGGUUGAGGAAUACUACGAUAAGAGAGAUCAAGCUAAAUUCAUCGCCAAAAACCCCGAAAGCAACCUCGCCAUGGGCCGCAAGCCCGAAUUCACCUCUCGGUACGCAGACCCUACCAAUAAAGCCGCCAGCGGAUCUCUACUCGCCAUGGCCACGGGAGGGAAAUUCACCGAUGAUACGAUCCUCGGCUGGAUGGGUAUCGAGGGGCGAUCUGCUCGGGGAGCGAAACCGUCCUUCUUCGGUGGUCUUGCUGAUGCUGCGCUGAAGAAGGCAAGGGGGGGAGAUAAAGAGGCUGAGAAGGCUCGCGCAGAGGGAAAGCCUGUUCCUCAUCAGAGUACGAAGGGGUUUGUGGGCGGUGGGUUGAAUAAGUUGUUGAAGAGGAAAGUUAUUUAUAUGAUGAUUGUCAAUAUGCCGAGUGAGGAGGAGAUGAGGAGGGCGAGGGAGAUUAUUGAUUAG